AUGCCGCCUCUUGAUAAGACACCUCCUAGAAGCGGUGAAUCUUCUGUUGCCUGGAAGUCACUGGUCCAUCGCAGCGUGAAGGCUUGGCAUCAUCCCGACCAAGAACUUAUCACCUGGGCUAGAGACUGUCUUCAAACAUCGACCAGCCUGGACGAGUUUCUAGCGGAAGGAUCAAAGCCUGUGGUGUUUUGGUUUUUUCAGCGAAGAGAAGUAUUUCUGUCGCAAAAGACGAUCCGAAAAUGGAGUUGCGAUUGCCUAGAUGAUUACAUUCUCUUGCCUGCUUUGGACGGCUUUGUCACGAGGAGCGAAUGUUUUUUUGUCAGUCAUUUCUGGCAGACAAAAGAACACCCUGACCCCUCAGGCGAUUAUCUGAAACCGCUCCAACAAGAUCUGAGGCUGCAAACCUGGUCAUAUAUCUGGACCGACUGGACAUGCCUUCCGCAGCAUCCUCGUCGCCAUAUAGAAGAGCUUUACUUCCGACAGACACUACAAACCAUGUCUGGGAUCAUUCGAAACGCCGGGUUUGUGUGGUACUACCCUCCGUUUGAAGCACGGUUAUGGAUCCUCUAUGAGGUUGCUGAAUACAUGCUUACAUGCUCGGGGGAGAUGCUAAGGACUCCAGACAAUGAGAAGUUCGUGAGCCACGUCCACGAAAUGCUCCAGGUUGGUGUCCGCCCAACAAUUCAAAAACACGGCUACCGGUCCACGUACGACGGUGACAUGGAGUUUCUUACUCCGUGGUUGGAACUUCUUGUGCUUCUGACAAAUCUGCACGUCGACAUUGACGACGUAAGAAGAUUAAUGUCUCACAUCACGUGGCAUAGCAAGACAGCAGCCAUAUGGACGAAUAGUAUGAGUGGACUUAUUCGACUUGAUCGAUUUGAAGGCGAAUUGAUCAUCAACGAAGAGCAUUACACAUUCACGCCAUUUCCUCGAUUGGGAGAAGACCAAUAUUCUGAAAGCGAGAUGGUGGGAUUCGACCACAAGCCUUGA